CCGCUUUUUGCGCAGCGGAUCCCCAAUUGCUGAUGCGGUACCGUGCAAGGGUCCGAGUGUCGCGCAGUUCCCACAUGCGAGCCGGAUUGAUGAGAGUCCUGACUGUGAUGAAUCGCUGAUGACAAUCUGGCAGCAACGGUCAAUUUUUUGGGAACCCGUCCGGAGCCCAUUUUUUGGGAUGACAUCGAUCUCCUCAAGUCCUCACGGCUCAGCAGCCAGUUUUUAACAUUUCGUCCGCCAACUGCACCUCCCGUUCCUGCAACGCAAUUUCAUUAGCUGUACCGUAUUCCGCAUAAGCCCUUCACUUCUCAAGCGACGCAACAAUGACCACAGCAGCAGCAUCCUCCACCGCGACUUCCACGGCAAGCAGCUCGCCUGCAAAGAACCCCCCAACUGCAAGGCAGUCCGUACCCAAAAUCCUCAAACCUUUCGAUAAUGCCGAAGUCAAAGUUCUGCUACUUGAAGGUGUCAACCCGACCGGAAUAAAGCUGCUGGAGAAGGCUGGUUACCAGGUCGAAUGCCACUCCAAAGCCCUCCCACUGGAAAUCUUGAAGGAGAAGAUUAAGGAUGUCCACGCGAUCGGUAUUAGGUCAAAGACGCAGCUUACUGCUGAAGUACUGGCGGAAGCCAAAAAGUUGCUCGUUGUCGGUUGCUUCUGCAUUGGAACGAAUCAGGUCGACCUGGAAUACGCCGCCUCGCAAGGCAUCGCAGUCUUCAACUCUCCCUUCAGCAACAGCCGCAGUGUAGCAGAGUUGAUGAUCUGCGAGAUCAUUGCUCUUUCCAGGCAGUUGGGAGACCGGACUACGGAGAUGCAUCAAGGCAUGUGGAACAAGACUGCGAAGGGAUGCAAUGAGAUCCGUGGCAAAACUCUUGGCAUUGUUGGUUACGGGCACAUCGGAUCGCAGUUGUCCGUCAUCGCAGACGGACUUGGCAUGUUUGUCAGCUUCUACGACAUUCAACAAAUCAUGCCCUUGGGAAUGGCGAAACCCGUCGACACGCUGGACGAGCUGCUCACCACCGCUGACUACAUCUCCCUGCACGUUCCCGAAACCGAGGAAACGAGGAAUAUGAUUGGCGCCCGGGAGCUCAAGCUCAUGAAGAAGGGCUCCUACCUAUUGCAAGCGUCACGAGGAACCGUCGUUGACAUUCCUGCCCUUGCGGAAGCACUCCGCAGCGGCCACCUUGGUGGUGCCGCCAUUGAUGUUUUCCCCGUCGAGCCCUUUGCCAACGGACCCAACUUCGAGAGCGAACUUAGGGGAUGCCCGAACACAAUUAUCACUCCUCAUAUCGGUGGAUCCACUGAGGAAGCUCAGAGCUCGAUUGGAACGGAGGUUGGAAGCGCCAUGGUGAGGUAUAUCAACAACGGUACCACUCAGGGCGCUGUCAACUUCCCGGAGUGCGAUUUGCGUGCUCCUGCCGCGGAAAGCAAGACUGUACGCCUACUCAACACUCACCACAAUGUUCCUGGUGUGCUCAAGGCAAUCAACAAAAUCUUGUCGGACAUCAACAUCGAGAAGCAAAUCGUCGACUCUCGAGGCGCCAUUGCAUACUUGAUGGCCGACAUCAGUGUUGAAGAUGUUGCCUCCUACCAAACCAUAUACGACAGGGUACAAGCUCUGCCUCAGAACAUCCGCACGAGGCUCUUAUAUUGAGCUGUAGCUGAACCUGAGAAAAAUGCCUGACCUCUCCCACCCCGACUGGUAAAUCAAAAUACUGUGGCAGGAACCCGCUUUGCGGUUAUGAUGGAGCACAUUCUGUCCUAUGCGUAUUGUACAUGGAUUUAUUUUCUUAUACAUUCAUCUGGCAUUGCCAC